UCUAUAUGGCAAAGGAUUUUUUUGGAAUGACACUCAAGGACACCUGAAGAAAUGUCCAGUUUCUCUCUCAAUAAAACAACAGACAUGACAAAUACAGACCAUGUAGACAUUUUUAAAUGUGGGAUCACUUUGAUACAAGGGAGGAACUGCUGUGAACGCACGCCAUGCACGCAUUCUGUGGCACGUCAUCCAAACCGGAACCAGGGUAACACUUUUCAUUUCCCUACUCUGCAAGAGCAAACAUCCUGCUGCUAAUGCCCAUCUGAACCUUGGAAAAGCUGCGUGGGACGUGAAUUUCAUGCAAAUAUAUAUUAUUGUGGAACCAGUCUGACAACCACUGUGCUGCAAAACAUCAAGCUCUGCACAACAACACUCCCUCUACCUUUACUGAAGUUUGCAACUCUGUUUGGGACGACCUCCAGCUGUGGGCAGUUCUUGAGGCCGCUCAAGACUGACUGACCCAAAUCAUCCUCAUCAAUCAUCACUACCAUCUGACAUCAGACGCCUCACCAACGACAAGGAGUCACAGCCAUGACAUUAGAGAGGUAACUCUGUCCCUGCGACAGUAGUCGAGGAGAACGCCGAUGACCUGAUCGCUGGGGAUAAACAUAGGUGACCCAGGCCGUGCUGUAAUCUGGCAGUGAGUGAAUAAGUAUUUUCUUCACAACUCAAACUUUUAGAGUUGCCUUCAGGCAAGCGGCUACCCGUCCACACCCAUGGCUGACGGCAGCAUUCCGAGCUUUAAGGCAGCCGACCUGGUUAUCCAGCUGUCCUCCGCCCUGCAGACCAAACCAGACGUCACCGGCUUCGGCAGCGUCUUCACCGACCACAUGCUGACCAUAGAGUGGAGCGCGACUGAGGGCUGGCAGGCUCCGCACAUCAAGCCCUUCGGCAACCUGUCACUCCACCCAGCCUGUUCGUCGCUGCACUACGGCAUCCAGCUGUUUGAGGGGUUGAAGGUGUACCGCGGGGAUGACCACCAACUGCGCCUCUUCAGGCCGACGCUCAACUUGGACCGCAUGGCCAACUCCGCCAAAAGAGCUUGCCUGCCUGCUUUUGACCAGUCAGAGUUGCUGGGGUGCAUCAGGCGACUCAUAGAGAUCGAGCAGGACUGGAUUCCUCACUCGGGCCCAGCCAGUUUGUAUAUUAGACCGACAUUCAUAGGCACCGAGCCCACUCUGGGCUUGAAGAAGCCCGCACAUGCCCUGCUGUAUGUGAUCCUGAGUCAAGCUGGCUCUUACUUCAACAAUGAGGCGGAGGGCCUCUCCCUGUGGGCCGACCCAAAGUACACUCGGGCCUGGAAAGGAGGGACGGGAGACUGCAAGAUGGGAGGAAACUACGGAUGCAGCCUUUCCGCCCAGUACGAAGCAGUGGAUUAUGGGUGUCAGCAGGUGCUGUGGCUGUAUGGAGAGGACCAUCAGAUCACCGAGGCAGGGACCAUGAACAUCUUUCUGCACUGGAUCAAUGAGGAUGGGGAGGAGGAGCUUGCAACUCCGCCUCUUGAUGGCCUCAUCCUCCCGGGGAUAACCCGACAGAGCAUCUUGGAAAUAACCAGGAAAUGGGAUGAGUUUAAGGUGACGGAGCGCUACCUCACCAUGGGCCAGCUGUGCUCCGCUCUGAAGCAGCAGCGGGUCAAAGAAAUGUUUGGCUCCGGCACCGCCUGCGUGAUCUGCCCCGUGGGACAUAUUGUUUACCAGGGAGAGAGACUGCACAUCCCCUGUCAGGAUAAAACCUCACUGCUGACUUCACAAAUAGUAAAGGAACUGACAGAUAUACAGAACGGCCGGACAACCAGUGACUGGACCCUCCUGGUAUAGCUGUGAUACUGUAAAGGAGAAUGGCACGCACACAUCAUUAUCAUCAUGUUGUUAUUGUUUGGCAAACGACCAAAGACACACUUGUACAGUAAUAAGCAAACAAUGUACGUGCAAUAUUUACAGUGUAGCUGCAAUAUGCUGAGGAGCCAGAGUUGUAGCCAAAAAUGGCUCCGCUGUGAGUAAGUCAUACAACUUUAGCUCAAAUUAAUGACACAGAACACAACCGUCCAAAAUAAUUAACAAAAAGUGAGCAAAGUUCUCAUGCAAUAGCGCACAAUAACUUACAGUGUCUCGGCCACCGUGACUUGCUCUGCUGCUUCUCGUCAUAUUUUCCGACCAACAUCAAGGAAACUGCUGAAGCUUUGAUACAACGUGAAGAGGAAAAUAGAAGAUAUUAAGAGUUACGGAGAAUUUCACAUUACUUAUGUCAGAGUUACAAAGCAGCUAUGAAGGGAAUUGGGUCUGGAUUAAUUGAAAAAUCACAGUUUCUCAAAGUUUCUUACAUUUUAAAAGACAUUUUUAUGUGGUGUGUUAGGAGGGAAAUUUUUCUUCUCAGUUUUAGUUGACACAAUAUACUGUACCCAAGUCUUUUUGGCUUUACAUCACUCUGCAGUUUUCGUUAUUCAUAUUCAAUGAUGAUCAUUUGUUAUGGAUUUUGGAGAUUGGUUAUGAAAGCAGUUACAUUUUGUUACAUCUUUGAAUCAGUAGUUGUGGACAGAAUACUAUCCACAGUCUUGAUACUAUUAAAUAAAUAACAAGUGACCUCAA